GAGGGCCGCCGAAGACUACAAGUCAAUUGAGAAACAGGGGCGGAGAUGGCAGGAGUAAUAGGUGCUCUUGCAGAAACAGCUAUUUCCAAUCUGUUGGGUGCUGUCACCAACUUGUUGAAAGAGAAGAGGGAUGUUAUCUUGAACGCCAACGAUGAUCUAAAGAAGUUACAGAGGAAGCUGAAAAUCUUCCAAAAGGCCAUCACAGAUGCAGAUCGCAAGCCCUUUUUAAGCAAAGAGCGUGACAGAGAUCUAGAGGGAGAUCUCAAGGAUGUUGUUUAUGAUGCAGAAGACAUCAUCGAAGAAUAUCAAAGCAAAAUUGAGGUCAGCAAGAAGGUACACAAACGGCCUUGGACCGCUUUGUUCCAUUCCGUUAACGAACAUGUUUCUUUUCCCUGUCAACUUGGCAACGAAAUCAAAGAAAUCAAUGAAAGGCUUGAUGAAAUAAAAAAGGAUUGGGACAUGGAUCUGCUGAAACCAAAACCAAAAGAGAGUAGCCAGGGCCUUAUUGGUGGUGAAGUUGACAACUUCCGAGAGACAACCCAUCACAUAGGUGCACAACCACCCAUAGGCAGGGAGAAUGAUAAAAGGGUGAUAGUUGAAAAACUCUUGUCCAUUGGCUCCGAACAGAGUAGUAUGACAGAGGAGUGUGAUGUUUCUAUUAUCUCUAUUGUAGGAGAAGGUGGGAUCGGCAAGACUACUCUUGCAAAAAUGGUCUUUAGUGAAGUCAAACAACAGUUCGGGGGAUGCAGGUGGUGGGUUUGCGUUUCUGAGAGGCCAAACCGUAAGGAUUUAUUGAGGAAAAUACUGAAGGAAGUGUGCAAGGAAUCUAAAGCAGGACUUGAUACUUCUUUGAAUGACUUGUGCACACAAAUACAGAGUGAGCUCUGGAAUAAAAGAUUUUUGCUGGUCUUAGAUGACGUAUGGGAACUAGAUUGGUGGCAGGGAGAGGUAGAGAGCACUCUUACGAGAGGUGCGAUGGGGAGCAAAAUUUUGAUCACUAGUCGAAAUAUAGAUGUCUCCAAAGGGGUCGGAGCAUUGUAUAUGCAUAGAUUGCCAAUACUGCAAGAAGAUGAGAGUUGGAAUUUAUUCUUGAACAAGGCAUUGAUGUCCAAAAAUGAUUUGGUGAGCCACAAUUUGCAUGAUAUUGCAAAAAAAAUAGUCAAGAAGUGCAGUGGGUUGCCACUUGUGGUCCAAACAGUUGGGUCCUUAAUGCGAACAAAAAGCAUGGAAAAAGCAGAGUGGAAGGUGGUUGCGGAUAGUGUGAUCUGGGAAUGGAAGAUGCCUGCCUCUUCAUCUUCCUCUCAAUAUGGAAGCAUUCUUCCUGGUCUCAUAUUGAGCUACGAUGACUUGCCUCCUUAUUUGGGCAGUUGUUUUGUUUAUUGCAGCAUUUUUCCAAAGGAUCAUGAGAUUGAAAGGGAGGGAUUGAUCAUGCAAUGGGUGGCACAUGGAUUGAUUGAGGAAAAGGAAGGCAUAGGUUUGGAAGUGACAGCAAAUCAAUACAUUGAAGAUUUGAUAAAGCGAUGCUUGAUAGAAACCCAUGAUAGAUUUUAUAGGGGCACUUGUCUCAAGUUGCAUGAUGUUUUGCAUGACCUUGCCUCAUACAUAGGUGGAAAGGAAUAUAGGCAUGCCUCUGAUACUUCGCAAACCCGCCAUCUUUCAUUACUUGGUGUAGAUGAUGCAGAAGCGGCCAUGCAAUAUAAUGCCUCAGGAGCAGCAAAUAAGGUGCGGACAUUAUUGAGUGCAUCCUUGUCUUCGGUGGAAUUCACCAAUUUCAAGUGGUUGAGGGUGUUGUCAUUGAUGCAAUGUCAAAUGGAUGAGCUACCAAACUCCAUUGAAUCCCUUUCACUUCUAAAAUAUCUCGAUCUAAGCCGAUCUGAUAUGAGACGAUUGCCCAGGUCAAUUGGCAAACUCUGUAACUUGCAAACAUUGGAUUUAAGUUAUAGUAAAAUUGAAGAGUUGCCAGAGGAAAUGGGCGAACUGUGCCACUUGAGGUAUCUUGGGCUGGAAGUAACAGUGCAUUUGAAAUUUAUGGCAGAAGGGUUGGGGAAGCUUACCAAUUUAUGGACCUUGCAUAGGUUUCUGGUAUGCGAUGACAAAGGGGACACAAGAGGAUGCAAUAUUGGGGAACUAAAAGACUUGAACAAACUGAAAGGGGAAUUGUUAAUAGAAGGUUUGGGUGGCAGAAGGGUGAAAGUAAUUGAUGCAAAGAAAGCACAGCUUAAGGAGAAGCGUGAGCUAAAUGGUGUGGAAUUAAACUUCAAGGUGGGAAAGGAUGACAAAGUGGAUAGUGCUUCUGAACAGAGGGGUUUGCUGGAAGCUUUGGAACCUCCACAUGGCAUAGAGAGGUUGGGAAUUUGUGAUUAUGAAGGAGAUAGGCCUGCGUGGUAUUUGGACACCAACUAUGAGGAGCUGCGGACACUACGGCUGCGACGUUGUCGAUUGUUGGCAACAGUGGUGGGAAUUAAAUCAUUGGAAAAAUUGGAGGUCAGUUACUGCCCAAAGCUAUAUGAAUUACGGUGCUUGCCUUUGCUAAAGUCAUUGAGUAUGUUCAGCUGCGAUGGGCUCAAUACAAUUGCUGACAUGCCUGCUCUCAAGUCAUUGAAGGUACCUCCAUCUAAUAGGCUGAAGACUCUUGCUAACAUGCCGGCCUUGGAGUCAUUGGAGGUGGAUGAAUGUCGCAGCCUAGAGCAAGUAGCUGAGAUGCCUACACUCAUCUCGUUGGAGGUGGUCAGAUGCAGUAGGCUGAAGACUCUUGCUAAUAUGCCGGCCUUGGAGUCGUCGGAUGUGAGAUAUUGUGGCAGCCUAGAGCAAGUAGCUGAGAUGCCUGCACUCAGGUCACUGAGGGUGGAGGGAUGUAAUAUGCUGAAGACUCUUGCUAAUAUGCCAGCCUUGGAGUCGUCAGAUGUGAGAUAUUGUGGCAGCCUAGAGCAAGUAGCUGAGAUGCCGGCACUCAGGUCACUGAGGGUGUACGGAUGUAAUAUGCUGAAGACUCUUGCUAAUAUGCUGGCCUUGGAGUCAUUGGAAGUGAGAGAUUGUGGCAGCUUAGAGCAAGUGGCUGAGAUGCCUGCACUCAGUUCGUUGGAGGUGGGCAGAUGUAAGAGGCUGAAGACUCUCGCUCACAUGCCUGCCUUACAGUCGCUGCAUGUGAGUCAUUGUGGUAGGCUAGAGCAACUCGCCGACGAUCACAUGCCUGCUCUCAAGUCAUUGGAGGUGACUUAUUGUGGAAGCCUAGAGCAAUUACCUCAUGACAUGCCCGCCCUCAAGUCGUUGGAGGUAAGAUAUUGUUGCUGCCUAGAGCAAGUAGCUGAGAUGCCUGUCCUCAAGUCGUUGAAGAUCGAUGGAUGUGAUGGGCUGAAUGCUCUAGCUCACAUGCCUACCAUGGAGUUGCUGGAUGUGAGAGAUUGUAACAGGCUAGAGCAAGUAGUUGUUGACCACAUGCCAGAUUUAAAAAAGUUGAGGUUGUCUGAUGUAAACACUCCGAAGCAUCUCCCUACUUGCCUUCCUUCACUUGAGAUACUUACAAUGGAGAAUUUGGCCAACUGGGAGGGGUGGCCAGCAGCUGGAUCAGGGGACACAAUAUUUACUUCUAUGCCAUUCCUAAGGGAGGCAUGUUUUGAAAAUUGUCCAAAAAUGCAAACAGAAGGCUUGCUUUAUUGUCUAUUAGAGCUGGCGGGGCAUGAGGGUCAAGCGACUCAACUUCAAGAGCUGGGAGUGUGGGAUUGCCCAAAUGCGCGGUUGGGAUGGAAAUUGCUUCAACACCUUCCUACCCUCAUUGACUUGAAACUAGAUGGGGCAGCUUUGGAAUCAAUAGUAGUGCCAUCGGAGGUAUCAACAAUUCUUCCCUCCCUCAAGAGGCUGAGUUUGAAAGACAACAAUACUGGAGAUCUCAAAUGGGGACAGGUGCCUGACUGGGUGUGGGGUCUCUCCCAACUAGAGAAGUUGACUCUGUAUGGUUUCACAGAGAACAUCAGCUUGGGAGGCCACUGGCAAUGCCUCCCGAAACUGAGAAGGCUAUGGCUUUUUGAAUUCCCCAAUCUCAAGUCUCUGGUCGCCAUCAAUGAUAUUAAUCCCCAACAAAAUGAAACGACAUGUCCCAUGGAUGCAAAGCAACAGAUUGCCUGCCUCUCGGAGCUUCAACACUUACUUAUUUACAGUUGCCCUGCACUUGAUCUGCCACAGGAGUUAAGAGACCGUCUUGGAAAAAGGUUAGAAAGAAGAUGAUUAGUGUUGCUAUA